UUGCGUCCAACUACAAUCAAACAAAGAAGAUAAUGCUGCUGAUCCACUGCUAUGCAUCAUCACCUCACCUCCGUGCUUCCCACCACCCCACCCUCCAUUACCUUUUCCGGGAAACUCCAGCAUCAUCACCGAUUAUCUCUGCAACUUUUCCUCACCCCUCAUCUUCUUCUUCGUCUUCAACAAGAAGUUCAAGGAGAACAUUAUCAGUGUCUAUAGCAACCACCACCAUUUCUUCGUUAAUCUUGUCAUUUUAUAGUUCUGCUCUUUCAAAAUCGGCCAUUAACACCGACUUCUUCGACCUCCCUAACUCCGGUGGUGUCAAGGCCUUGGACCUCCGUCCUGGCACCGGUGCCACUCCGGUCGAUGGAGACCAGGUUGCGAUACAUUACUAUGGAAGGCUGGCAGCAAAGCAGGGGUGGCGGUUUGAUUCUACGUAUGAUCAUAAAGAUGGCAUCGGGGAACCAAUUCCUUUUGUCUUCACCCUUGGUUCCGGGAAGGUCAUUUCUGGGAUUGAAGCAGCUGUCAGAUCAAUGCAAGUAGGUGGUACUCGUCGAGUUAUCAUUCCUCCCUCACAAGGAUAUCAGAACACUUCGCAGGAACCUAUUCCUCCUAAUUUCUUUGACAGGCAGAGGCUGUUUACUACCAUUUUCAAUCCAACCCGCCUUGCGAAUGGAGAAGGCUCAACAUUGGGUACCCUCAUAUUUGAUAUUGAGUUGAUCAGCCUAGGGCACUAGUAAACUCAACUUCCAUUUUAUAGCACUGAAAGAUUAACUUCUAUGGCAUCCAGAUUCUUGUUAUAUAGUAUAGCAGCACAAAGCAGCUCAUAUAACCAAAAAUUAUAUCACGUUUUGAUGUGCAAUUUGUUCCUUAGUUUUCCAACCAUAGAUUCAGCUCAAGAAGCUGUGUUUUAUUGCAAACGUCCAGCAUGGAGAUGAUUGCUGGUGAAUGCAGGUAUUUCAUUUCCUCUGCUUCUUGAACCACAAAUCUCUAUGUUUCAGACAUUGUUAAUCUGAGGUUAGAAGGAAAUCAGUGAAUCACUUUAGAGGACUAGAGUGACAAAGAUCCUGUAUUUCGAUUAUAUAUUUUUUCAUUUGAACAUGAGAUUUCUUGUCCCAUUUUCUAGAUUAUGAGAUCAAGGUAGAAAAUUUUACAGUCAGUAUGGUUAUAACCUCUGA